AACCGACGAGCACACGAGCCCGCGCGGCGCCGCGCCGAGAGCGAUGCGACGGCAGCAGCUCGCCUGCCAGCUCCCACCGACCCUCUUGACCGCCGUGACGUGUCGAAGCCCGAGAGCUCAUCGCGGUGCCGGAUCAGUGAGAGACUGCAGUCGUGCAGACCGAUCUCCGUCGCAAGGAAAUCGUCGCACGUUUCAAAUCAGAUUAUAUCCUAAUUAGUCUUAAAUUUGAUCGUGUCGACAAAAGUAGGUUCAACUCGUGAGUUUAGCGUCGAUCAGGGAAAAGUGAAUUAGGAGCUAUAAUCUACGAGUACGAUGACUUACCGAGGUCCCUGCUUAAAAGGAGGUCAGAGAGCGCGCGCGUGACGCGGGGGCGGAAGACACGCGCGGCAUGCCGGGCGGCCGGCGGGGGCUCGUGGCCCCGCAGAACACCUUCCUCGAGAACAUCAUACGCCGCUCGUCUUCACAGCCAGACAGUAGCUUCCUGUUGGCCAACGCGCAGAUCGUAGACUACCCCAUCGUAUACUGCAACGAAACGUUCUGCAAAAUGAGCGGCUACAAUCGCGCCGAGGUCAUGCAGAAAUCUUGCCGCUGCACGUGGAUGUAUGGAGAGCUGACGGAGAAGGAGGCGGUGGAGCGCGUGGACCGCGCGCUCGAUCACCACCUCGCGGACCAGUUCGAAAUACUACUUUACAAGAAGAACCGAACGCCGCUGUGGCUGUUGGUGCACGUGGCGCCCAUCCGCAACGAGCGUGAGUUGGUGGUCCUGUUUCUGCUCACUUUUCGGGACAUCACUGCACUUAAGCAGCCCAUCGACGCCGAUGACCCCAAGGGAGGUCUGUCGAAGUUCGCAAAGUUGGCGCGCAGCGUGACACGCUCGCGCUCGGUGCUGGUGUCGGCGCUGCCCGCGCUCAAGGAGCCGGCGCGCCAGAGCCAGCUCGCGCAUGUGAUGUCGCUGUCGGGCGACGUGCUGCCGCAGUAUCGGCAGGAGGCUCCUAAGACUCCGCCACACAUCCUGCUACACUACUGCGCUUUUAAGGCGAUCUGGGACUGGAUCAUACUUUGCCUCACGUUUUACACCGCCAUUAUGGUCCCAUACAAUGUUGCCUUUAAGAACAAGACUAGCGAGGAUGUUUCCCUACUCGUCAUAGAUUCUAUUGUUGACGUUGUGUUUUUCAUAGACAUUGUACUUAAUUUUCACACAACUUUUGUGGGACCCGGUGGUGAGGUCGUCAGCGAUCCUAAAGUUAUCCGCAAGAAUUACUUCAAAUCGUGGUUCCUUAUCGAUCUGCUCUCCUGCCUGCCUUACGACGUCUUUAACGCUUUCGACCAUGACGAAGAUGGUAUAGGCAGUCUGUUCAGCGCGCUGAAGGUAGUGCGGCUGCUACGGCUGGGGCGUGUGGUGCGGAAGCUGGACCGCUACCUCGAGUACGGCGCGGCGAUGCUCAUCCUACUGCUGUGCUUCUACAUGCUGGUUGCACACUGGCUCGCCUGCGUCUGGUACAGCAUCGGCCGCUCCGAUGCUGACUCCGGCCUCCAGUACUCCUGGCUGUGGAAACUAGCUAACGUCACCCAGAGCCCCUACUCGUACGUCUGGUCAAAUGAGUCCGACGGACCCGAGCUAGUUAACGGGCCGUCGCGUAAGACCAUGUACGUCACCGCCCUCUACUUCACUAUGACCUGUAUGACCUCCGUGGGCUUCGGCAACGUCGCCGCCGAGACCGAUAACGAGAAGAUCUUCACCAUCUGCAUGAUGAUCGUAGCAGCCCUGCUUUAUGCGACGAUUUUCGGUCACGUGACCACCAUCAUACAGCAGAUGACGUCGGCGACGGCUAAGUACCAUGACAUGCUCAACAAUGUUCGGGAGUUCAUGAAACUACACGAAGUGCCUAAAGCGCUCAGCGAGCGCGUCAUGGACUACGUGGUAUCCACGUGGGCAAUGACCAAGGGCCUCGACACGGAUAAGGUGCUGAAUUACUGCCCAAAAGAUAUGAAAGCCGAUAUUUGCGUGCACCUAAAUCGCAAGGUUUUUAAUGAGCACCCGGCUUUCCGCCUCGCAUCGGACGGGUGUCUACGCGCGCUUGCAAUGCACUUCCACAUGUCACACUCAGCGCCCGGAGACCUGCUGUACCACACCGGCGAGUCCAUCGAUUCGCUUUGCUUCAUCGUCACCGGCAGUCUCGAGGUCAUUCAGGACGACGAGGUGGUAGCGAUACUCGGCAAAGGUGAUGUAUUUGGAGACUCGUUCUGGAAGGACAGUGCCGUGGGCCAGUCCGCGGCCAAUGUGCGCGCUCUCACCUACUGCGACCUACACACUAUUAAACGCGACCGCCUACUCGAGGUUCUCGAUUUCUAUCAGGCGUUCGCAAACAGUUUUGCUAGAAAUCUUACGCUGACGUACAACUUGCGACAUCGUUUAAUAUUCCGAAAGGUGGCAGAUGUCCGACGUGAACGUGAGCUAAUGGAGCGGCGGAAGCGCGAACCACAGCUGGAGCAGGCGCAGGACCACCUCGUGCGCAAGAUCUUCUCGCGUUUCCGUCGCGAGCGCAGCGUGGCCGCCACGCCCGCCCCCGCGCCCGCGCGCGCGCCUUCGCUCGUCGCACCGCCACCGGACGCCGAGCGCGGCGACGGUACCUCAGCCGACACAUUCUUCAGCUCGCCCGCCCGCCACUCGUUUUCGUUCGGUACAAGGAGUGCUUGUUUAGGUACGAGCAUUACGAGCGCGUCUAACGGCGCCGCGGAGGAGAGCAAAACGGGCCCGAGCGCCGGCACGGCGGCGGCGCGCGGCAAGUGGGGCCGACUGCUGGCGGGCGGCUCGCUGGACGCGCCGGACGCGCCUCGCGCCGCUUUCACGCGCUCGCUCAGCGCUCGGGACCGAUCCGCCCCGCCCGACGCCGCCGGAGUGGCCGCCCUCUCGCUUAAGACUGCAUUCGGACGAGGACGAGCCGGUAGUGUUUUAGGAGCGGCGGCGCGCCGUGAACCCAUCGACGAAGAAACCGAUGACAAGAAAAUAACCCCAGCACCGGCUCCAGCUCCAGCACCGGCGCCCACCGCGGCACUUGCGCCGUCGCCCACUCCUGCUGCCGCACCUGUAGCCCCACCCGCUCCCGGGCCUGUGUUGCCGGCGCCUGCCGUGGCGUCAUCGCACGACGCUGCACUGGCGGAAUUACGGCGUGACGUACGAAACGAAGUCCAACGACUUCAACAAAAGUUGGGUCGAGUCGAAGAUCUUUUGACAAUGCUGGCUGCGCGGCUCGGGGCCGACCCCAGUGACGCAGCCGCCGACUUCGCCGAGCGCCCGGAGCGAGCCGAGCGCGCAGAACGCGCCGAACGGAACGAGCGCCCCGAAAGGUUGGACCGCGCAGACCGCGCAGACCGCAGCGAUCGUGGCGAGCGGGCCGAUCGAACCGAGCGCACCGAAAGGCUCGACAGGACAGAAUCCGCCGCGCUAGCCAGGAAACGGCGCACUAAGGCACGAAGCAAAGGUGCCGCCCCUCAAGUUCCGACGCCGACAACACCGGGCGAGUCUCCAGGCAGUCCCGCGGGUGCGGCUGUGCGACGGCGCGACUUCGUGUAGCGCGCGGCGGCGGGAGGCGCGCCGCAGUAGCGUGCCGCCCGCCCGCGCGCCCUUACCUUCAACCGCCGCCCCCUCGCAAGAGUACUUCCGCGGUACGAUCGCACGCCACUCGGGGAGCGCGCGACUACCGACUCCUUAACGGAGUCGCCGAAGUUCAUGCGCUCCUUCGGCUCGUAAUUAGAAUCGAGGAAGCCGAUGGUCGUCAUUUAUGGAAAUAGUGUUCGGGUUGUGUCACUUAUCGCCAACUUGGCACGUUGUCGAUUUGUGGACAUUGUCCGUAGCGUUUCGGACUCUACUGGAGAUAAUCGUCUGUCAUCUAAUGGGUGACUCUUUUAUUUUGAUUGAUCUAGUUCAUCAUUAUUUUUAAAGCAAAACGACGCUUCUGAGGAGUCGACCGAGCGGUGGAGGUCGUAUUGCACGUUAUUUUACUAUCUACUGCAAAAUUUGUAACUAUUCAUAUACCUACGAGUACCUACAGUAAAUGUGUCGUCAGACUGAUAAGAUUCUUUUUCCGAAUAAAUGACGCCUUGUUAGUUUUUUAAAUGGUUUAUUCUACAAUUUAUUACAAAAUAAGAAUGUUUGAAUACUGCCGUUUACUCUGAAGCAGCCACAUCCACCGCUGGGCGCCGCUCGUGCAGUGUGCACUGUACGACGUACGAUGUACGAUGUAUGUAUAAUGUAUAUAAGAGAGCGAGCUCACGCUGCAAGUACGCUUUAAGCGGCGAGCGGGCGCGGUUGCGUCCGCUUCCUGCACUGUUGUAUAGCAAUAUGUUAAUCAAUAUUAUAGUUUGUACUUAGGGGUUUGUAAAAAUAUAUAAAUAAAUUAUAUACACUAAAUAUAAUAAUUGUAAAGCGUUAGGUACUCUUUCACGGUUUAUUUCACUAUGACUUUAACAUGAUCACACAAACGACCAAAUAUUUUCUUACGAUUACGCGAUGUGUACAUAAACUGUUGCAGAUUUUGAAUCUAUCGUAUUUUUAUGGGUACGCUUCGAAACACGAGUUAAUUAGUAGGUUAUAUAAAAUAUCGAUUGAAUUUGAAAUGUAUUGAGCAAUCGCUUAGACUACCACACAUUUAUAUUUCCGAUUUCUAUCAAUCGAAGUCGCCUUGUUAUUGUAUAAGAAGUUUAUUUCAAUAGAUUUGUAUUUAUUGUAAAUUAGAGACUCGUUCGUAAUACAUAUCUAUGUAAAAUGGCGCAGUAUUGUCAACCGUAACAACCGUAACACGUACGUACCGUAACGUACAAGGAAUUUGAAAAAAACUGGCGACGGAUUUAUCGGCGACGACGAGAACAAUAUCGCUUUCGUUUGGGUCAAUAAAUCAGUUUCCAACGAUUCCUUGCAAGCUUUGUAAAAUCGUGCGAUGUUAUUCCGGACAAACUACGACAGUCGAUACCACCGUCCCAGCGCCUGUUGUUUAUUAUGAUUGUUUAUGCGUUGUUAAUGUUUUUAAAUUUUAUUAUUAUAUUAAUUAUGACAUCGGUGCGUUGUCGCCGCGAGGUCGCGAGCCCGCUCAUACAUGUGUGAUGUGUGGUGAGCUGUGUCGUGUGUCGGGGUCAUGUCGCGGGCCGCGCCCUGCGCGGCGCUCGCUCCAAGCACUCCAACGACCCUAACUAACAUAUAUCUAUAGGCUAUAGGCGGACCGCAAGGUCCCAUGCUAAGCCACUGCUCCUAUUGUCUUUUUAAU